AUGGAGUCCCUGGGUCUGAGGAGGCGGCAGCGGCCCACUGAGGGUACAGGGCUUGGGGUUUGGGAAGGAAACCGCCCGGCCUGGCGAGGGUCGUGCGGCCUGGGUACGGGAAAGAAAUGGACCAGUCAGGUGGUGUUGCGAGACUGUGCUCCUGGGUCCAGAAGAGAGGUGGCGACUUACCUAACGGGGGUACCGGGCCUGGGGUCGGGUGCAAUCGUCUGCAUUGCUAUGUUCAGAGUAUUGAACGACGAUGUUUACAGUACAGCCAAGAUACAACAACAAAAUCCUCUCGCCUUUGGGAAAGCCUCUUCCUUGUUCACAGACAAUCGCAGCGCAAAUGAUCAGUGUGAAACGGGAGAAAAUGUUAGGGACAGCGGCCAGGACCACGUCAAGCGACCCAUGAACGCGUUCAUUGUGUGGUCUCGUGAACGAAGACGAAAGGUGGCUCUAGAGAAUCCCAAAAUGCAAAACUCAGAGAUCAGCAAGCAGCUGGGGUAUGAGUGGAAAAGGCUUACAGAUGCUGAAAAGCGCCCAUUCUUUGAGGAGGCACAGAGACUACUAGCCAUACACAGAGACAAAUACCCGGGCUAUAAAUAUCGACCUCGUCGGAAAACGAAGAGGCAUCAGAAAUUGCUUCCUGCAGACUCUUCAAUACUACGCAAACAGAUGCAUGUAGAGACAUUGCAGCCCUUCACAUACAGGGACGGUUGUGCCAAGACCACAUGCUCACGAAUGGAAAGCCAGUUAAGUCUCUCACAGCCUGUGACCAUAACCAAUUCAUUCCUCCAAAAGGAGCAUCACAGCAGCUGGACAAACCUGGGCCACAAUAGGCGGCGAGAAGAGGCCGGGCGGAGGGCGCGCGGAGGGGCGCGGACGCCGCUGGGGCCUGCCGGCCGCACCCGCGAACCCGCGAACGCGCGGCGGGCGGAGGACGCGCAGCUCUCGGCCGCCGCCCUCCAGCCUGGCGCUCGGGCCCGGCGCGGGCGGGGAGCGGCUGCUUCUGCCGGCGCCUUCACCCGCUCUGCCCCGGGACCACUCCCAGGAAAACUCCGCGGCGGGGAGGCGCCCGCGACCCCGCCCCGGCCUGUGCGCGCGGCCUCCUUGAGCCCGGCCCAGGCGGGAGCCGAGCGGUGCGUGGGCAGCAGACGGCGCCCGGGUCUCUGCUCCAAAGCCAGUGUGGCCACGGGCCUUGUUCUCUACCUCCUUGCUCUUCCUGGGACCCCGGAGAUGUCUGGGCCUGAGGUACCUGUCUUAGAAGGGCUCCUGCUCGUUACGCCCCCAGAACCCAGUGUUCCUGGGCCAAGAGGUGCCCUGGUGGCAUCCUGCCCGUUCUCCUCCACUUCCUACGCUCCUGGAGAACCAACAUUUUUUCCUUCUGCUUCAGCUAAGUGCCUCAGGGGCCACAUGGAGCCAGUGACCUCAGAGGAGCUGCACCCUAAGAACUAG